AUGCCACAUUACGAGGAUGCCAACAUCGGACUCGAGGAGCUUCGAUCGACGCUCCCGGAGAUAGCCAAGCACAAGGAUGAUCCUCAGCAGAGCACACUGAUACAGCUGAAAAGCUCACAAGCGACAGAUCCGAAGGACAGAGCUUCAGAAGUCCUUGCCAUCUUCAAGCAAGCGGGCCUAGCAGCGCCUAAGUUGAAUGAAUACAUGACAGCGCCGCAAUGGUACACCGGACUGACACGAUCGCUUGUGACCCAACGCGCAAGUCUCAACUGGCUGAGUCUUGCUGCAACACCACACAGUACAAAAUCACUUCCUUCCUGGGUCAUUGAUUGGAACAGCGCGACCGACGAGGACCAACACUGGCUCGACCUGGUGUCGCUUGAAAACAAGGCUCAACAGACUUCAACAAUGAGAAGUGCUACCAGAGGAAGCGUCUACGAUGAACGGCGAGACGCCAUCACAAACCCAGAACUUUCAGUUCACGGAUCGAUCAUGUCCAAGGUUCAGGCGUUCGUGGAGCCUGAGACUGACAUGAAAGAGCCACUCGCAGUCGCGAAGUGGAUCAUAUGUCUACAAGAAUGCUUUCUAGGCACAUCGCGCGACAAGAUCAUCGACAAGCUCGUGGAUGCUCACCUGAUCUCGCAGCUCCGCCUCAAGCCAGACGACGAGCCAGCGAUCAUGCAACAGCAGCGAAAGAAUAUCGAAGUUGCUUACGACUUGACCUCGGAAUUAGGGCUGGCUGGUCUGAAUGAUCCAGACUUCGCAAAGAAAGCUCACGCCAAAGGCUUCAAGGACUUCCGAGAGCAGGAUUUGGACAGGUCCAAAUUCGAAACUUUCUUCGUGACAGACGAUGGCGACAGUGGGUUCUGCUUUGGUGCCAACAUGGAAGUUGAAGAUGUCGUCACGUUAGUCAAAGGCUGCGAUAGCCCGCUCAUCCUACGUCCUGACGAACUGGAGGAAGGGGUAUACACAUUCGUAGGAGCCGCCACGAUUGAGGGCAUGAUGGAUAGUGAAGCGUGGCCAGACGAUAUAGAGGAUGGAGAUCUGGAAGAACUGAUUCUCGCAUGA